GUCAGCGGCGCAGAGCGGGUGGGCCCGCGCCGCGCGCAGAGAGUCGGCAGGAGUGUAAGGAACCGCUGCUGCCACCUCAGUCGCCUCGGUCGCCUCAGUCGCCUCAGAUUAGGUCGCCUCAGGCUCCGCCGCUGCGGCCUUCCUCUUCCCGGUACCAGCCCGCGGCCCCGCGCCGAAUUCCUACCGGCCGGCCAGCAGGCACGCCUCCUGCCGCGGGAGAGGCACAUCUUGGAGACAUCAAGUUCAGUUCCAGGCCACCACAAUAAAGUGAAUGUCACAGGUGAGCGGGCUCCACAGCAAGAGCAGCCCCUCCACGAGGCCCCACCUCCGGGUCAGACGCGCUCAGGUGCUAUAAGUCUACUUGUUUGCUGCCUAUGGAUCUGCCCCGACCGUAGAGCCUGCUUAUGGGGGAAGGUGAGUGACGGUGACACCAUCUGGGCCCCAUCUAUUGUUCCUCCCAGCACCCUCGGCACCUUCAGCCACCAUCCCCAGCCACAUUUUGAGAGAAAGAUGGAAUCCAAGGUCUCAGAAGGCGGCCUGAACGUGACCCUGACCAUCCGCCUGCUGAUGCACGGGAAGGAAGUUGGAAGCAUCAUUGGGAAGAAAGGGGAGACUGUGAAAAAGAUGCGUGAGGAGAGCUGUGCAAGGAUCAACAUCUCAGAGGGAAACUGCCCAGAAAGAAUCGUGACCAUCACAGGCCCAACAGACGCCAUCUUCAAGGCCUUUGCCAUGAUUGCCUACAAGUUUGAGGAGGACAUCAUUAACUCCAUGAGCAACAGCCCUGCCACCAGCAAGCCCCCAGUGACACUGAGGUUGGUGGUCCCCGCCAGCCAGUGCGGGUCCCUGAUUGGCAAAGGCGGCUCCAAGAUCAAGGAGAUAAGGGAGUCCACAGGUGCCCAGGUCCAGGUGGCUGGAGACAUGCUGCCCAACUCCACAGAGCGGGCAGUGACCAUCUCGGGAACACCUGACGCCAUCAUCCAGUGCGUCAAGCAGAUCUGUGUGGUCAUGCUGGAGUCCCCACCGAAAGGUGCCACCAUUCCCUACCGCCCAAAGCCCGCCUCCACCCCUGUCAUUUUUGCAGGUGGUCAGGUAAGAGCCGACCCGCUCGCGGCCUCCACUGCCAACCUCAGCCUUUUACUGCAGCCCCCGCCGCUGCCCGCCUACACGAUCCAGGGACAGUAUGCCAUCCCCCACCCAGAUCAGUUGACCAAGCUCCACCAGCUGGCCAUGCAGCAAACCCCCUUUCCUCCCCUCGGACAGACCAACCCCGCUUUCCCUGGAGAGAAGCUGCCUUUACACUCCUCCGAAGAAGCUCAAAAUCUGAUGGGCCAGUCGUCAGGUCUGGAUGCCAGUCCCCCGGCCAGCACCCACGAGCUCACCAUUCCCAAUGAUCUAAUAGGCUGCAUAAUUGGACGCCAAGGGACCAAAAUCAAUGAAAUUCGACAGAUGUCUGGAGCUCAGAUCAAAAUUGCCAAUGCCACAGAAGGGUCAGCAGAGCGCCAGGUCACCAUCACAGGGACCCCAGCAAACAUCAGCCUUGCCCAGUACCUCAUCAAUGCCAGGCUGACGUCUGAGGUCACUGGGAUGGGCGCCCUCUGAAUCCUGCCCAGAGCCCUCCACUCUGAGGACCCUGACCUCUGCCUGGCUCGCACGCUCUGUACAGACCACCCACCCCUUGUCUCAAAUAUAAAUAGAGGUUUAAUUUACUAGCAAAACUUAUCUAUGCCAUAGAGAUGCCAACAGAGCAAAGCCGUCGGCCCCAGGCUCACGUUGGCAUGCACUGCUGAUGAUUUUAAAUGCUGUGGGGCCUUCCCAUCAAUGGCAGUUUAGAAAUAGCCUUCCUUUGUGUGGUGCACCUGUUCAAGAGUUGGUUUGACCUUUCAACCUCAUGUCCUACAAGCCAUCCUGUCCCACACCAUCCAGGGCUGUGGUUGCCUUGAGCAGCUCCGCUGGCGCCUGGCCACACCUGCUGACUUUGUUUCCCCACCCAGCCUGAGGUUGUCUGGGUCCUCCUGUCUGCACACAUCUUUCAGGGUCGGGCAUGCCCUGCCCUUUAUUCCAAGGGAAGGAGACUGGAGGAUGGGGGUCCUGACCCCAGGCACAGCGGGGGGGGGGGGUGCGGGGCCCUAACUGGCUGUCAUGUCGGGGGAGCCCGCGAGGGCCCCUGGGCGGCUUUGGGUGGCUGCCCAGGAAGUGCCUCUGCACACGUGCAAGUUCAAUAAAUGUCGUGCGCUGCCCCGCCUGGCUCUGGCUCCUCUCC